CAAACGUGUAUGUACCACAUAUGCAAUUCAACCAACUGGAAGUACCCAAUUAGUAACAAGGUUAUAUGUUUUUUUAUCAAUUUCUUUAAAGUAUUUAUGUUUAAUAUUCAGAAUUGGGUUUCCAACUAUAGGAAGACUCUAAUAAGCGUGGAAUGCAAUGUCGAAGCUCUCUGCUCUUCUCGAUCCUAUUUUUUCAAAGAUUUUAGAUAAAUACGUGUAUUCCUGGUACUAUGUGAUCAGCAAAGAUACGCUUUUUCCCUCACAAUGUGAACAGGUUGGCAACUCUGUCAUUUAUGAAUUGGAGAAGCGCUUGUCGCGCCAAGAUUUGACGAACCUUUUAUAUCAUGAGAUUCCCUUUUUGUUAACUGAACACGUAAAAAAUGUGGAAGAGGCACAGCAACGAACGGUGAUCCCACAGGGACAAUUUUUGAAUGUUGACAGGAUUUAUCAUAAUUUGCAUCCUCAUAUCGCUUUAGACCGAGAGGAAAACGAGCUUAUUUAUUGUCGCCUAAUAAUGGAAGACAUUUGUCGACAUCUUCUACCUGCCGUCAAUGCUAAGAGUGAAAUCGAGUAUGUUAUAUUGAGGGAAGCUUUGGCUACUCAAGUGUAUAAAGCAAUUCAAAAUUUUUCAGAUCAUGAAAAAAUGUACAAGGGAAUUCUCUUACUUUCAAACGCUUUACAGCGUCCCUCUACAGAUUCUUGGGUGCUUUCUGUUCGGCGUUUUGGUUAUUGGACUUUACGAGCAAUUAAAAUAAUUUCCACUACUAGAACCCUUCCGUAUUAUUCUACCUCUUGGUUUCGCUUUUAUUUUCAGUUAUUUACAAAGCAAGUCAGUCAAGUUCCCUUUGACGAAACAAAACGGUUGGUCUUUACCACUUUGUUCUACCCAUGGAUCGUAUUGUUAUCCACUUUUUUUUUCGGUAUCCUAACUUGCUUUUUUAUUGCAAAUGAAUUUUAUGACAAGGGGGCUUCCGAACGCUGGUCCAAUUUCGUAUUAAACCGAAUUUCUGAAGCUGAAAAGAGCAGCACUUCUUCGCAGUAUACAUCUAGUACUUCAACUAAAGAGUACCGAAGGCAAAGCAAGUCUUCUUCUACAAAAGCUUCACAAAGGCAGCGCAAACAAUCGGUUGCUUCGAAAAGUCUUCAUGAACUGUCUAUGAAAUAUAUCCGUUCUGAAGGCACUAACGAUUCGCCAUCAACAAUAUCUUCUGAAAGAAGGAAAUCUUUGCUAUUUACAGAUUCCACUUUUCCUGAUAACAAUGCUUCCAUAGCUCUAUCCACGGUAACGUCUACCCCGGUUUUUUCGACAUCUCCAAGCCAAUCUUCCAAUACAACUCGAGACAAUUUACUUUCCUUUGUUCCUUCAAAAUUACAGAGUGUUUCAAAGGAAAAUAAGUCAUCGGAAACGAAACAUAAUCGAACUGCUUCGACUCCUACUGACACACACAAACCGGACCCAUCUCCAAUGACGGAUGUGAUGGUCACGAAGCAAGCUGCGCUUGAGGCUUAUGCAAAACUUCCUGUACUUCCUUCGUUGAUUGCACCUGAAAAGCUUGCAAGUUUGGUGGAUAGUGAUUAUCGCAAUAAGCACAUUUUUUACUCCCUCUUGAAUACGUUAACUGUUGUGAUGUUCCCUGAAACAAGACAUGAAGAAUUAUGAUGGAUCUAAGCAUAAAUUUCUAUGAAUAUAACGAUAUGCCUUAUUUAUUAUAUAACCCUUUUGUUUUGGUCUACUAUAAUACUAUAUACGAAUGAGUGGAAAAUACAGAAUCUAUCGCAUCUCUAUGAUUUUACAUUAAUGUUACAUAAGUACAGAAGAAAUAAGUUUUGCAUAAUUUUUUGGUUACUAAGAUGUUUGUAUUAAGUGCCUACCUAAGCAGGGUAUAAUCUCAUAGUUAAUACAAUAAAAAAUUGUUUUUGAAGAGCAA